GCCGCGUCCCGCAGAGCCGCGCCGGCCCCGCAGCUCCCGCACGGCCCGCAGCUCCGGCAGCUCCCGCGGCUCCCCGCUCCGGGACAGGCUCUGUGCGGUUGUAGGAGGAGUUUGCGGUCACCUCCCCCCUCCGAGGCGCUGCGGCCACAUUCCCCUGCCGAGGUACUCCCCCAGCCACCAAGAUGUCCAGCAAACGUGCCAAAGCCAAGACCACCAAGAAGCGCCCCCAGCGUGCCACCUCCAAUGUCUUCGCCAUGUUUGACCAGUCGCAGAUCCAGGAGUUCAAGGAGGCUUUCAACAUGAUCGACCAGAACCGAGAUGGCUUCAUUGACAAGGAGGAUCUGCACGACAUGCUGGCUUCCCUUGGGAAGAACCCCACUGACGAGUACCUGGAGGGGAUGAUGAGCGAGGCGCCGGGGCCCAUCAACUUCACCAUGUUCCUCACUAUGUUCGGGGAGAAGCUGAACGGCACCGACCCCGAGGACGUGAUCCGCAACGCCUUCGCCUGCUUCGACGAGGAGGCCUCAGGCUUCAUCCACGAGGACCACCUGCGCGAGCUGCUGACCACCAUGGGGGACAGGUUCACCGACGAGGAGGUGGAUGAGAUGUACCGGGAGGCGCCCAUUGACAAAAAGGGCAACUUCAACUACGUGGAGUUCACCCGCAUCCUGAAGCAUGGGGCCAAGGACAAGGACGAUUAGAGCCUGCAGCCACUCGCCCCUUCUGCCCCGUCCCCUGCACACCACCUGCCCCUUGGCCACCCUUGUUGCCCCACAGCAGACUCCUCCCACGGGAAACACCUCCCAGGACCAUCACCCUGCAUCAGGACACGCUUGGAAGGACACACUCCCAUCACUGUUUCUGUGUGCCCAUCCAGCCUUCCCUUCCCAUCACCUCUCCCACCCACUGGCUGCCCCAGCCUUGCUGUGACCUCCCCCCAGCAGCCACUGACCCCCUCAGAGUCACCAUGCCACUGAUCCUGGGGCUGGGGUGAGCAUCCCUGGCUGACCUGCAGGGAUUUGGGCUGGGUCCAGCCUGAGAGAGCCCCAUGCAGGCCCAUAGCAUAGCCCAUAGAGGAAAAGCCUCUCUCCCUCUCUUCCCUCACUCCCCCUUCAGGAAAGAACCCCCAUUUUGUUCCUCCUUCCUGGCUGUUUUAUGGCUUUAGAGCCUGAGAUCUGAGGGAUUCAGGAAGCUGAAGGGGUGUAUAAAGCCUGACGGGUGUGACAGA